AUGCAGCCCUCGAAUAGUAAUAACACGCAACAGCCCCAGCUGCCACACCAGCACUCCCCCAAACGCUCGUCCCCGCUCUCUACCGCCCAGCCACUCACCUGCGACACCACCACCGCCCGCACCCCGCCGCCCGCACCCGCCACCCCGCCGCUCGCCCACACCGCGCCCCCGAACCCGCUCACCCCCCCGGACUCCUCGUCCCGCUCCUCCGCGUCCGCCGACCCGCCGGCAGAGUCCCCGCUCCCGUCCCUCGCCUUGCCCGCCGCCGUCACAAGCACGCUGAGCGUGUCGGCGCCGCAGUUCCACAGCAGGCUCGACGCGCCGAUCGACAUACACCAGCUCGCGCCGCGCCUCGCACUCGCAGCCGAGGGCGCGGCCGUCGACACUGUCGCUCCCCCUGCCGCCGCCGCCGCCGCCGCCGCCGUCUCGGUGGCCGCAUCGCCUGCCGCACCCGACCUCGGCCACUGCUCGCCUGCCGCGGCCGGCCCCGACGCGCAAGCCCCGCAGAAGACGCACCCGUCCGCGGCAGCGCCCGAGUUCGUGCCGUCGGCGGCAGCGCCGCGCCCGCCGCAGGAAUUGCGGACGCCGAACGUGUACAUCAACGGGCUCCCGCCGAGCUUCCCCGAGGACCAGCUGUACGCGAUGACGCGCGAGUUUGGGACCGUGCUCAGCGUGCGCACGUUUACGCGCCAUGUGAGCGACAAGCCGUCAGGAUAUGGAUUCGUCCUGUUCGACGGCGUCGACGCGGCGGAGCGGUGCAUUGAGACUUUGAAGAAGUAUCGGAAUUUGCAUCCGUCGUUUUCGAAGCAAAUCCACAAAAUCCCCGGCACGCCAUAUGCCUCUCUGGGCGACGCGGCGGGAGAAGGCGCUCCGGCUACUAGGCCGACGGACUCGUUCAAGGCACGGAUGGAGCAGCUGCAGGACAUGACGUCGACGAACCUGUAUAUGGAAGGCUUGCCGCUGAGCAUUGACGAACCGACGCUCUCUGCGCUGGUGCGGCCGUAUCGAAUUAUGAGCAGCCGCUUUUUUCAGACGCGAUUGAGCAGUCCGCCGAGGAUUAUUGCAUUUGUGAGAUUGGAGACGCGGGUGGCCGCGGAGGAGAUCAUUGAGCGCCUGCAUGGCCGCAUGGUGCGCGGGUGGCAGGAUACGGGGUGCAGGAUUUCGGUUCGGUUCGCGGACACGAGCGAGCAGCGGGAGUUGAGGCGCAUGGAACGCUGCACCCACGAAGACGAACAGUCCCCGGCCCGACUUACUAUGGCGCAGGCCGCGCUCCUCAACUUGAAGGGCACUCAGCUCCAUCCUGACUCGCCUGCCUCGCCGUCAUUCGGCUCGUUCCCCGACGUGAAUACCGGCGUUGGACUGGCGUCUGACGGGUAUACGCUCGGGCAGACGGCCGGCUCGGUUCCUCCGCUAUCGCGUGUCAGCGAAGCGCUUCAGUUCCAGCAGCGCCAACAGCUCCUGAGACAGUCGAUCGAUGAUCUGCAGGACCCUGCGAUGGCCCUAGACGCGUACGGCGAUUUCAGUGCCAACGGCGCCUUCAUCGGCCAAGGUCUUCGCAAUGGGCAAAAUAUCUCUGACGAGGAUCUGCUCCGACUCGACACCGAGGCAGAACUGCAGGCCGUGAUGGGCGCGGGUAUGUUGGAUAUGUCGGGCAUGGUGAAUCGUGCCGACGAUGGGUAUACGCCGAUGGAGCGGCUGAUCUUGCAAGCGCACGCUCAAAGGCAACAGACGCAGCUUCUCAACGCCCAGAGAGAGCGUCUCGCCGCCCAAGUGCAGCCUCGUGGGCUCUCCGAUUUGAGGUCUUCGUCGAACGCGGCGAACAAAGGCGGUUCCGGAGCGCCUGGGUUCGCGACUGCGCUGGAAGUGCACCGACGCCUCCUGGACGUUUUGCCUUCCAUGUCUGAGGACGAUUUCCAUGCGAGCGCUGCGGGGGCUCGUCAGGCGUUCGCACACUUGACUAGAGGUAGAGACGUUAGCGCUAGCCAGAGUGGCCUUGACCGCGUAGCCAUCGAGCAGUCCGCCGGGCUAGCCCGUGACUUCGACCAGCUCUCGCUUUCUCAGCAGCAGCAGCAGCAUCAGCGGUACCAGACGCACGCUUCGCAGGCGCGGGCGGAGGCGGAGGCGCAAGCUCAGGCCCUUCACACCCGUUCGACUACCCUUCCCUCCCGCUACCUCAGUAAUCGCGACGGCUUCCCAAGUACUCUCAGCCGCUCGGUUUACAGCAACAAUUCUAGCAUGAUCAGCAAUAGCAACGAAAGCAACAUGAACAUGAACCGCCACGCCAACAGCAGUAACAACAUUAUUGGCCAUCUCAGCAAGCAAUCGCAGUACACUAGCACGAACGCCCUGCGCAACAACAACAAUGACAGCAUCAGCAUUAGCAACAUCGCGCCCCGCGACGGGGGCAGGAUUAUCGGCCAGAACGUGAACAACUUAUUCAGCAGCAAGAACAAUGUCAACAUCCGUAACACCCGCGUCGGCGGCACGCACACCAACAAGCUCGGCGCCAUUCCGUUGCGCCACUCGUCUCAUGAGGCGGAUGAUGAGGACGGUGGGUCACCGCUGCUGCUCUCGCCCGCGCUCACGUACUCGGCGCGCACGCCGGCGUCGAUGAGCCCCGCCACGCCGUUCUCUGGGUUUUUCCCGAAUAAUGGGGAGACGUUUGAGGGCCCCGCUAUGGGCGAGAUCGGCGGAGGAAAUUCGAAGGGGGAGGUGCUUCUGGACGAGAAGAUCGCGCGCCAGUGA